CGGCCAUUUGUUUCCUUACGGACAGCAGGAGCGCGCGCGCGGCGGAAGCGGAAGAGGUUUCGCUGUUCCACGUGGGUGCCGGAGAAGUUCUUCUGGCAACAUGGGGAAAGAUAAGACCAAGAACCAGAAGAAGCAGAGGGCAGCAGCCAAUCACAACGCAGAGGAAGAUUUUAACGCCGUGCCGCACUCUUUUGUCUUCCACCGAGGGCAGAUUGGAAAGAAUGUGCAGCAGUUGAUCACUGAUGUCCGGAGAGCCAUGGAGCCCUUUACUGCCCGGUCUCUAAAGGUUCGGAAGAAGAACGCACUGAAAGACUUUGUGGCAGUGGCGGGGCCCCUGGGAGUUACCCAUUUCCUGAUCUUCACCAAAACCUCAACCAAUGUCAAUUUUAAAUUUGUCCGCUUGCCCAAAGGACCUACACUAAGCUUCAAAGUGACCCAGUACUCUCUUGUAAAGGACGUGGUCUCCUCUCUGAAGAAGCACCGGAUGCAUGAGGAGCAGUUCAGUCACCCUCCCCUACUGGUGCUCAAUAACUUUGGCACGCAGGGAAUGCACGUCAAGCUUAUGGCCACCAUGUUCCAGAAUAUGUUUCCCUCCAUUAAUGUGCACAAGGUCACCCUAAACACCAUCAGGAGGUGCAUCCUUAUUAACUACAAUGAUGAAACACAGGAGUUGGAGUUCAGGCAUUACAGCCUGAAGGUGGUACCUGUUGGGAUGAGUAAAGGAAUGAAGAAACUCCUCCAGGAGAAAUUUCCCAACAUGAGCCGCUGGGAGGACAUCAGUGAACUCCUGGUAAAAGGAGCCAACCUCUCGGAGAGUGAAGCUGAGCAAGAUGGAGACCACAACAUAACAGAACUGCCGCAGGCGUGCGCUGGGCGCGGGAACAUGAAGGCUCAGCAGAGCGCUGUAAGACUGACAGAGAUUGGCCCCCGCAUGACUUUGCAGCUGGUGAAGAUAGAAGAGGGUCUAAGCGAUGGCAAAGUGUUAUAUCACAACUACAUUCAGAAGACAGAAGAGGAGAUCAAGGCCUUAUUGGAAAGCAGGGAAAAGAAAGUCCGACAGAAGAAGGAGAGAAAGAAGAAGCAAGAGGGAGACGUGGAACGCAAGAAGAAUCAGAAGGAGGAGAAUAAGAAGCGCAGUUUAGCAGGAAUGAAGAGGAAACACGGGGAUGAGGAGGGCAGUGACAGUGAAGUGGAGGAUCCUGGGACAUUGGGAGAGCAGAAUCCAGCUGACCAAUCAGAAGAUGACGAUGCAGAGUAUUACAGACAGGAAGUCGGAGAGGAACCAGAUAAAGAUCUCUUCCUCCACUCCAAGAAAAAGUCCAGCUACAUAUCAGGGCCCCCCAGAAAGAAGUUCAAAGGGUCCGGAAGAGAGAAGCUUAAAUCCGACAGACGAGGGGAGCACGACAGGCCUCAUGGCAGCAAAUCACCCUCCAAGAAACAUGGCGCCGGUGUGGGAGGGAAAGAAUUCAAAUCUGCUGUCAAACUAAAAGGACAGAAAUUCCAAGGUAAAGGAACCGAUCACAAAGCCCAACAUGGUGGAAAAAAGUUCUCCGGCAAUAAAAAGGAGUUUGGAUCGAAGAGCCCCAGGCCGGGGUUCUCUGGCAGUAAAAAAGGUUCUGGAUUUAACAGUCCCAGGCCAGGGUUCUCCGGCAGUAAAAAAGGUUCUGGAUUUAACAGUCCCAGGCCAGGGUUCUCCGGCAGUAAAAAAGGUUCUGGAUUUAACAGUCCCAGGCCGGGGUUCUCCGGCAGUAAAAAAGGUUCUGGAUUUAACAGUCCCAGGCCAGGGUUCUCCGGCAGUAAAAAAGGUUUUGGAUCCAAGAGCCCCAGGCCAGGGCAGAAACCCAAAGGGCCGGGGCAUAAGUCGUCGGAGAAGAGAGGCAAACCCUUCAAGCAGAGGAGAAAGUAACCUAAUUAGAACAAACUGAUAGACUCCUUGUAAAUAAGAGUGUAAUUAAAUGCCCACUCCUUGUAUUAUGUGAUAGAGUCCUGGAAUAAAACAUCUUCACUGUU